AUGACCCAGCACCCAGACAGACUCCCUGUUCAGUCUGUCGUCUGCUUUGAAGGGACUGAAUGUGAACUCAUCCUGCCAAAGAAAACCAGGAGAAAAUUGGAGGAAGAUUUUUCAAUGAAGACUCAGCUGCUUAAACUGGCCCACAAGUACAGACCAGAAACAAAGCAAGAGAAGCAGCAGCGACUGUUGGCCCGGGCUGAGAAGAAAGCUGCGGGCAAAGGGGAUGUCCCCACUAAGAGACCACCUGUCCUUAGAACAGGGGUUAAUACUGUCACCACAUUGGUGGAGAACAAGAAGGCUCAGCUGGUGGUGAUUGCACAUGAUGUGGAUCCCAUUGAGCUGGUUGUCUUCCUGCCUGCCCUGUGUCGGAAGAUGGGGGUCCCUUGCUGCACUAUCAAGGGGAAGGCCAGGCUGGGGAGUCUCGUCCACAGGAAAACCUGCACCACUGUGGCCUUCACGCAGGUUAACUCGGAAGACAAAGGAGCUCUAGCUAAGCUGGUGGAAGCCAUCAGGACCAAUUACAACGACAGAUACGACGAGAUCCGCCGUCACUGGGGAGGCAAUGUCCUGGGUCUGAAGUCUGUGGCUCGCAUUGCCAAGCUGGAAAAGGCUAAGGCUAAAGAACUUGCCACUAAACUGGGCUAAACGUACACUGUUGAGUUUUCUGUACAUAAA